UGCAGCAGGAUCAGACCCGGCUCCAUUUCGGGAUCCGGCAGCACCAACUGGAGCAGCAGGAGCUGGCUGAAGAGCUGUGCCGGGCCCUGGGCAGCCCGCGGCGCUGCGGGCCGGGCUGGCUCCCGCACGGCUCCAGCUGUUUCUCCUUCUCGCGGGACGCGCUGAGCUGGGGCCGCGCCCACAACGCCUGCGCGGACCUGGGCGCGCACCUGGCCGUGGUCAGCGACGGCGACGAGCAGGUUUUCCUGCUGGAGAACAGCAACCGCAGCAGCUCCUACUGGCUGGGGCUGAGGGACGCGGAGCAGAAGGGGAAAUGGCGCUGGGUCACUGGAGAGGAGCCCAAAUUCAUGUUUUGGGACGCGUGGCUGCAGGAGGAGCAGAGGGAGCGGAAGGAUUGCGGCGCCCUGGGCCCCAAAGGGCGCUGGGUGAGCGCCAAGUGCUCGGAGCCGCUGCCCUGGGUGUGCCAGAGACCCAACCGCUGCUGAGAGCCCCAAAAAAGCCCAAA